AUACGGCAAUAUGGAACACGCGAAAAUGCCUCCUGCUUAAAGACGAGGAAACCGACAAUAUGAGAAUAGCAUCAUACAGUGGUGUGACAACAAGGUCAAGACGCCAACGGUAGAUGUGCUUUGUUAGUCGUUUACAUACUGUACGCGGCUUGCAAUGUUAUUGUCUAUUUGUAAAAGUUCCUUAGUGGUGUGUGCAAGAGGGCACGUAGCGAGUGUAAACUGCGCUGUAGCGACGCGCUAUGCGAGUGUGUGCAGAGCAACCCCCGCGUCAUGGCGUCAGAAACACACACCUGCGGAUUGUUCGAGGGAGUUGUGGUGGCUUCAUAAACUCAAGCACAGAAUUGCCUCGGUAGUACAGUGGUCCGGCUACACAUACAGUCCAAGUCAUGCCCCGGAGCUUUUUCGACACCUGGCUGCACCAUGUCCACUCGAGUGUGUAACAGGACACUCAAACGGGAAAGGUCACCAAAGGACACUACCCAGCAGCGUCCCGCCCUCCGCGGGUUUCAGUUUGAGGUUUCAGCCCAGGGGCGAUGAGGCUGCUCACAAUCUGCUCGGAGUGCGUUUAUCGCCGCUCAGCUCCGGGGUACCGCGGGGUUGUCGUGGCUUCAGUAGUGGCAAUCCCAGCCAGCCACCAGCGGAAAAAACACCAAGUAAAGACUUGAGCAACACGGAUACUGACUCCCCGCAGGUGCCGGGACAGGGAUUGUUCCAGUUCAAGGAACUGUACGAGAACCCCUGGACCAUCCCUAACCUGCUGUGUGUGUGUCGGAUUCUGCUCGCCCCGGUGCUUGGUUACCUCAUCACCGAGCAACACUUCCACCUCUCCCUCGCUCUCUUCCUACUGGCGGGAGCCACCGACCUUUUGGAUGGCUAUAUCGCCAGGACCUGGCCCAAUCAGAAGUCUGCUCUGGGCAGCGCGCUCGACCCAUUGGCUGAUAAGAUCCUGAUCAGUGUGCUCUAUAUCAGUCUAACCUACGCCCAGAUCAUACCAGCUCCCCUCACUGCCCUGGUCAUCUCCAGAGAUAUAGCUCUGAUCGCUGCUGUCUUCUACGUCCGCUAUAAGACCGUGCCUCCCCCGGUGACACUCAGUCGGUUCUUUAACCCAUGUUACACCACAGCUCAGCUCAAACCCACUUUAAUCAGCAAGGUCAACACAGCGAUCCAGCUGUUGCUGGGUGCAGCAUCCUUGGCUGCCCCUGUGUUCCACUACACUGACAGCUUUUAUCUGCAGUCCCUAUGGUACAUCACCGCUGUAACCACGGCAGCAUCAGGAUACAGCUACUACCAUUAUGGCAAGAAGACUGUUGAGGUGCUCAACAACACUAACAAGUAACCAUGGCAACACGGGCUGUCCAUGCGGCAAAGCCUGACUAUUGGAGCUUUGCACACGCGCACGCACACGCACGCAUCUGUGUUUUUAAAGACUCAAUACGGACCCUACGGACUGACCACUUGGACAAACUGUGUGAUUGUUGGGUGAGGAUGAGCAAAGUGUGUGUAUGUGUGGUAGAUGGAUUUAGGUCCAAAACUGUUUUUUUUUUUUUUUUUACCUGAGUUGCCAUGGUAACCAUCUUAUUGUCACAUGAUUGACAGUUUUGUACAUGAGAAUCAAUUAAUGAUUGAUUAAACCCAAGAGUCUGUA